UUUUGACAGCAUCUGGCAGAUAUUUCGGAAAAUUUGUACAAGAUGGUGGUUUUAUAUAUUAUUUAAGGAAAUUCCUCAAAUAUGUCUUUUAUCGUUUAAUUUUAGUGUAAAAGUUUUUUAUUAUAUUUAUUACUAAAUUUACUGUGACCUAUAAAAGCGAUUUCGAAGAUUAAUUAUGGCGAGAUGUAGAAGUCGUUGUCGAUGUCGUCGUCGUCGUCGUCGGAGGCGAAGAUGCCGCAACACGCGGUGCCGCACCAGAUCUGGAAGGUUUAAGCGCUGCAGGCGCCGUGACCGCCGCUACCCUAUCAGGCGGCCGAGAAGGCGUCGUUGCUGCGCGGCCGUGACUCCUUCAUCUGGAAAUGCAGCUUCCAGGUGUAGAAGUCGCAGCCCCCGCCGCGCUACCAGCUGCAGAAGUCGAAGCCCCCGCCGCGCUACCGGGUACAAAAGUCGAAGUUCCCAGCGCGCUACCGGGUACAGAAGUCGAAGCCCUCGCCGCGCUACCAGGUGCAGAAGUCGCAGCCGUUUACGUUCAAAUUGCCGUUCCCGCUCGAGCUCCUUCAAGAAGUGCAGAUACUGUGACAAGCAGUUUAAAGUACGACGCCCCUCAAGAUCUCGGUCCACGUCCCGGUCCAAGUCCAGUACCAGGUCCAACCCCGGCCCCAGCUCCUAGCAACUAUACUGUGACAAGCAGUUUAAAGUACGACGCCCCUCAAGAUCCCGGUCCACAUCCAGGUCCAAGCCUAGUACCAGGUCCAGGUCCAACCCUGGCCCCAUCUCCUAGCAACUAUACUGUGACAAGCAGUUUAAAGUACGACGCCCCUCAAGAUCCCGGUCCACAUCCAGGUCCAAGCCUAGUACCAGGUCCAGGUCCAACCCUGGCCCCAUCUCCUAGCAACUAUCUUGUCUCGUUUUAUGUCGCCAUUGCAGCUGAUCAGAUAUGUAAAUGUUUUCAGAAAUGUAUUAAGAAAUGGGUAUAGUAAACGACAGGUCGAGACGACGAUCGAGGUAUGAGGCGGGGGGGACGCCGCGCACACCUGCGCUAUCCCGCACCGGGUUUACGCGGGGGCUCUCCCCACCCCGAUUGCCAUCUCAACCAGUCACCUACGAUACUUAUUCGAAAUUCUUUGUAAUAAUAAAAAUAAUCUGUUCAAAAUUUAUUGUGUGAAUAAAUCCUUUGAUAAAAAU